GGAAACAGAUUCCUCUCCUCAACCCCGAGCAUCGUCUCCUCCCGAGCGCUACGUUGCACGCCCGCGCCGCCGCCUCCUUGGACUCGUCUCGUCCCCGAGCGCCACACUCCCGCUUGCGGUGGACGGAGGAGCUGCACCGGCAGUUCAUCGAGGCCAUCGAGUGCCUCGGUGGCCAGGAGGACAGAUAUGGAGAAGGGUAAGAAGUCAGGCUCGGGCAGGGGCUACAUUUCUUGGAAUGAUGAUAUGGACAAGGCACUUCUUGACACAUUCGUGGAGUACUACAACAAAGGUGACAGAUGCCAAAAUGGGUGGAAGUCUCAUGUCUACACGACUGCUAUCAAGAAUGUCCGAGAAAGUGCAAUGUGGAAAUCACAAAAGACAACAUCAUGUCAAGGAACAAGACAUUUGACAAGCACCACACUAUCAUCAAUGGUAUGCUAGAAACAAGUGGCUUUAGUUGGGAUUGGAACAAGAACAAGAUAUCUGUCGAUAGUGAUUCUGUAUGGGAGGCUUAUGUGGCAAAAAAUAAAGAAGCUAAUGGGUACAGACACAAGACAGUCUUAUAUUGGGACUCGAUCAACUUGGUGUUUGGGAAAGAUCAUGCAACCGGUGAAGCGGCAAAGACCCCAACUGAUGGUGCGAGAGAUAUGAGUAAGGAAGAGGGAACCGAUAAAGAGCUUACUUCAUCAACAACCUCAGGAAGCUUGAAGAGGCAACGGUCCAGUGAUUCCUUCACCUCAAUGAUGGCGGAGAAAUUAGACAAGUUCACUGAAGCUAUUAGGGAUGAAGCACCAAAAGGGCCGACAUCAAAAGAAAUUUUUAGCACAUUGGAGGAGAUAGACGGGUUAGAUGAAGACACAUUUUUAGACUUGUUUGAUAUCUUAAUAGGUGAUGCGCGCAAGUACGAGUCCUUAUUGGCACUUCCAGUGAUUCUGAGGAAGAGAUGGUUGCUGAAGCAACUUAAAAAGUGAACCGAGUUGUGGUUGGGUUAAUUGAACUGUUGUUGGGUGUGUUUGAUGUUGUUGUCUUAGUAUAUGUUGGGUGAAUUGAACAUCACGUUGAGUAGCAAGUAAUGUGUUCCAAUGAUAUGUAGACAUUUGA